AGACAGCCCACUUCACUAUCCAUUUCUAGACUAGUCCACUCCUUUUCUCUUCCACCCCGACCACACAAAUCGAUUCCACCCCAACCAGAUCGUCGGCGAAGGUGUGUGCGACGGCCAGCCCGUGCAUCUCGGCGGCAUGCCGGUAGUUCGAGAAAGCGAAGCCGCUCGAGGAUGCUGGGCACGGAAGGGGGAGGAGCAGAGCCGUCUCCGACGCGGCGUGUCUAAGAGGCGGGCGCAGAGGGGGAUAGCGCCGGCGGUCGCCGGCGAGGGUGUUGCGGCAGCGUGCCCACGGAUCUCGGCGAUGGCGCCAGCUCGAGAAAGUCGCGGCGCUCGAGGAUGCGUGGCGCGGAGGGAGAGAGCAGCAGCGGAUCUAACGCCGCCGCCGUCCGCCGCCACGGCGCUUCAGCGUCGGCAUGUGGUGGAGGUCAACCAGAAGGUGGACGACGCCCUGCCGCUUGCAGCCGAGCUGCUCGUCGAUGUGGACGCCGUCUUCUUUCCUGCGAUGUGCCGAAGGGGAACUGCUCGCCGGGAGUCACCCAUGGCCAGGUAUUCCGUUCACCUUGCGGCGGUGGCUUGGUCAAAACCUUUUCGCGGCUUUGCCACUCUCUUGGCCGGAUCUUGACCUUGAUGCACAACCAGGAGGUGAACUAGGAUUUCUGUUUCUUUACACAGAUUCCAUAGCAUCUUGAUCGAUUCACUAGCUAAGCAAAAAGGCUACUCGUUCUUGUCGGCAAGUGCCCAGAAUGGGUAGAUGCAUUUUGAUAUGCAAUUUUUUAGUGUCCAUCCUUAGUUGUCAUUUCCACCCUAGUAUUUGUUCAUGCUAAAAAUAACACAUGGCAAAUUAUAUCAGUACUUAUUUCUAUAGCUAUUUCGGCAUUUUUUUUGUAUGGUUUACGAUCGCAAGCGUCCUGUCCAUAUGUUUUUUGUAGUUUCAAGUAUACUCAAUAAAUUCCUGAUUAUUAGCACAACAAUAUGUCCCAUGGCAUUUCGCGUACAUUUUUGCCCCCGGGAAAACACACCUUGGAAAGUGCUCAUGCUGACUAGUGCUCAUGUCACAUGGCAAAUUCUUAUUGGAACUAUGCAAUGCUCACAUGGCAAAUGUUUUAAGAUUUCUUUUUAAUAAUGUCACAUGGAAAUGUCAGGAUAAUUUUUUCCUAAAUUAUGGCAACUUCCAUAAAUGUUUCUACUUUUUUGUCGCAUGGCAAAUUUAGACAAUUUUUAUCUUCAUAAAUCAUGGCAACUUUACAAAGAUAACAAUAUAGCUUUUUUCCAUAUCUUUUGUAAAUCAUGAUAAUAGUCACAUUGACUACUUUUUUGUCACAUGGCAACUUUUGCCAUGGCAAUUUUUUCCAUAGCACGACAAACUUUUUUUUGUAUAAUCACACAAUAAUUGUAUGAUUUUUGUAUCUUCGUGACAUGGCAAUUUUUACGAUGUAGCAUUGAUUUUAUUGCCAUGGCAAAUUUACUUUUAUUGCCAAGAUGAUUGCAAUUAUUAGCAAACAGCCAUGGCAAAUUUAGUUAACGAAUGAUGGCAAAUUUAGUUAACGAAUCAUGGCAAAUUUAUUUUCGUUGAUCAUAGUAAUUUUUAUAAAUUGACCAUGGUAAAUUUAGUUCAUAGAUCAUGGCAAAUUGUAGUUUCUCACUAAUUAACCAUGGAAACUAGAAUUUCCACUUGAUCAUGGUAAGUUUAGUAAUUAACCAUGGAAAAUUUAGUUUAUAUAUCAUGGAUAAUUUUAGUUCCAUUUUUUUGUCUGUAGACCAUGGCAAAUUUCUGCGACCACAACAAUUUAUAUUUGGACAAAUUUCGUACAAACCAUGGCAUUUUUUCUUUGUAGCACGACAACUUUUUUCUAUGAGAAGUGUGCCUCAUACAUCAUUGCAAACUUUGAAACUUGUUUUUGUAUAAACACACAAUAAUUAUAUGUUUUUAUCCGCAUAACAUGAUUCGUUUAGGAACAUGGCAAUUUUUACUUUGUAGUAUGAGAAAUUCAUUUAUAUUGCCAUGGCAAAUUUACUUUUAUUGCCAAUACGAUGGUAAUUAUUAGCAAACAACCAUGGCAAAUUUAGUUGACGAAUGAUGGCAAAUUUAGUUAAUGAAACAUGGCAAAUUUUAUUCAUGAUCAUGGUAAUAAUUGACCAUGGCAAAUUUAGUACAUAGAUCAUGGCAAAUUUUAGUUUCUCAUUCAUUACCCAUGGCAAAUUUAUUUCAUUGAUCAUGGCAAUUUUCAGUUUGAUGUAUUGCCAUGGAAAAUUUUAUUUUUUAAUUGCCAAGACGAUGGGAAAUUUUAGUAAAUGACCAUGGCAAAUUAAGUUUGCGAUUCAUGGCAAAUUUCAUUAGCUAUGCAUGGAAAAAAAUCAUUAAUCAUUGUAAAUUUAGUAAUUGACCAUGACAAUUUUGAAUUUAUAGAUCAUGGCAAAAUUUUAGGUCCAUGUCUCAUGGCAGUGCCAAAAUUAUUUACUAGUGAUAAUGUUUUCACUUUUUUCAACACAUGUUAAUGCAAGGGGUAAUAUGCAUCACGGAAAAUUUACACCACUUUUUGGCCACCAUUUGGCAAACUUAUAGAUUUACUUCUGGUAUCAAUGCGUGUUUUUAUGACCAUGGCAAUUUUUCUUUCUUUUUGCAUCUUGUCAAAAUUAUUUUCUUAUGCGACUGGCAAAUUUAGUUUUAUGGUCACGGCAAUUUUUUCUAUGCAUCAUGGCAUUUUUUGGUGUGCAAACCAUGGCAAUUUUCUUGCGCCCACGACAGUUUAUAUUUGAACAAAUUUCAAAAUUUCAUACCAACCAUGGCAAUUUAUUUCCUGUUGCACGACAACUUUUUCGAUUUUUGUACAUCAUGGAAGUUUUUGCUCGUUCCCAUCCAUCAUGGCGUUUUUCAUUUUAUGUAGGUACUGUGUAGUAGCUUCAACAAUUAUAUAAAUUGAUGGCAAUUUCUAGA